GUGUCGGUCCUCGAAUUGAAAGGUCGAGAACUGUCUGGUCUGCCAACUAGGACCACCUCCGGAGAAUGUCGAACGCUUUAGGGGUACGUUACGCCCACUAUUGGCUGUUCAAGCAUUAUUAUCAGUUGGUGUGCAAUGCCUUUAAUGGUAGGGCCGACCUCUAAGUUGCCCGCUCCGAGUCUGUCGUUUUCGCCGUUUCAAUCCCCUUUGGUCAGUUUUUGCAGCUUCUGGGCCUUGUCACCUUUCUCAGGAAGCAAGGAUGGCGAACUUGGAUCCCGACAACAUCCCUGUAGUUGACUUUUCGCGCUAUGGCACAGAUCUGGCCAGUCUAGCGCUGGAAAUCAAGCAAAUAUGCGAAACAUGGGGGUUUCUAUACCUCAAGAACCACGGUCUCGAGCAGGAAAAGAUUGAUCGUAUGUUCAACAUCAGCGAAACGUUCUUCAAAACUACAUCGUAUGAAGAAAAAGCCUCCACUCCUUGGAACAGCAUCUACAACGCCGGCUUCGAUGCUAAGACUGGAACUGAGAAGUACAUGAGCGAGAACGGUGCCAAGGAUAUUGUUUCUGCCCAGGAUGGGAAGGAAGUCUUCGUCAUCAGGAAGCAGAAGUCUUACGACCAACCGAUGCCGCCGUCUUUGCGCAAGUUCAACCCUGAGAUCCAACAAUUUAUGGCCGAGACUCACGAGAAGAUUGCUGUUCGAUUGCUUGCUUGCCUUGGCCUUGGUCUAGGUUUAACGAAGGAGCGCCUUCCGGAUGUCCACAAGCACGAGAGUCCUUCGUACACGACGCUACGGCUAAUUUACUACCCGGCCUUAGAACAACUUGACAAUGCGCCCAUCAGGCUGCCCUCGCAUACGGACCAGGGCGUGAUAACGAUCUUGUUCCAAAACCAAAUCGCCGGCCUCCAGGUCCGACCUCCAAAGUACACUGGACCCAUCAAGGAAGAUGAGGUAUGGCUGGACGCGCCUGUCGUUCCUGGCGCAGUGUUGAUCAAUAUUGGCGAGACGAUGACUUUCUUCUCGGGUGGUCUGAUGAAGAGCACGCUUCAUCGUGUGGCGAGGAGCCCGAAGCCUGAGGACGCCGGAAAGGAUAGGUAUUCAAUGGCAUACUUCUGUCAUCCAAAUCAGGAUACGUUGCUGGAGGUGAUGCAGGGCAUCGAGGGCGCUGUAAAGAGGGAGACACCAAUAUCUUGUGUCACGGGAAGGCAGGUCGAAACGGUCAAGGACUGGAUUGAGCAUAGGCAUUCAUUGGGACGACAAGAAGCGAUGGCAGCGAAGUGAUUGUGAGAUGUAAGUUAGAGGGUAUCGUUUCAUGGUUCAUUCUUGUUUUCGGUCUUGCUCGACUUCAAGAUCCGCACGUCACAAUCGAGGUCCACUGGCGUCAUUAUCUAGAGCUGGUCCAUGGCUUUCUUCAAGGUGGCCCCUUGGUCACCGGAGGGUAUGAAGGCGACCAUCGAUGUUGCACAUGGACUGAAAGUGAUGGUCUACGGCUCAUGAUGUCAGGUAGGAAGAAGAUGGAUGGCAUCUUCUCAGGACAGAACAUGAUAUAUAUAGUAAAAGCACAGUACUCCGUAAAGUGUCGGGAGAAACA